UGAUGAGUAAAUAUUAUUGUUGUGCAUUUGUGUGCGACCUGGGAGAGGAGGAGGAGAGAGAGUUGGGGAGGAAGGCGGCGGCGGGGGAGUGUCCUUAUUGCGGCGGUAAAGUAGAGGCGGUGGAUUUUGAGUGUCGGUGGAGGUUCUGCGGCUGUCUUCCAAUUGGCUUCGUUUACAAGAGGAAAUAUAUCUGCUCUCUUUGUUCCAAACGUCUCCAUUUCAUCUACUCUUAAUUAUUUAAUUACAUACAUAUUAAUUUGCUUGGUAAAUCUACAAUUUUUUAA